UGCGGGGUCAUGGCGCGUAUCACGCUGGAGGACCUGGAAGGGCUGGGCGAGGAGGCCGGGGACGGGGACAGCGACGGGGACGACGAGGAGGAGCGGGAGCGGCUGUUCGCGCACUGGGAGGCCGUAGCCAGCACGCACCGAGUGACCCUGCCCCGAGACAUGGCGGGGCCGAUCGCGCAGAUGACCCGGCACGGCCAGGCUCGCGAGCCCGUGCCCUACGUUACCCUGCCGCGGCGGGAGGAGUGCGAGGAGGCAGCCUACGAGGAGCGGCGGUACCCAGCUGGGAAGUGGGCCUGUGUCACCAAGGGAGAGCCCUUGUAUGAGCAGAGCAUCUCCAUGAGCUUCAUGAAGCUCAUGCGCUACAUCUGCAAGGAGAACUCUGUAGGCUGCUAUCUGGGCAUGACAGUCCCAGUGCUCAACGAAAUCCACCUGACCAAGGAAGGGACCAAGCUGGAGCGUGAGGUUGUAACUGCCUAUUAUAUCCCGGGAGAGUUCCAGCAAAACCCCCCUGUUCCCAUGGACCCUGAAAUCCACAUCAUCGAGAGGGCUCCACUCCGGGUUAUAACCAGGGUUUUCUAUGGGAUGACCACUGAGGAGACGAUUCUGCGAGAGAUCAGCCUUUUCUGGGAGCUCUUGGGCUCCACAGACACUGUGCUCCAGGAAAGCUACAUCGUGGCCACUUAUGAAAAUCCCAGUGUCCCUCAGCGCCGCAACGAGAUCUGGUUCAUGUGCCGAGCAGAGUGAGUCCCAUCUGUGACCGCAAACCAUCCUGCAACCAGACCUGGUGUAGAUGGCAGUUCUGACCCAAAGGAGGCGAAUGCACAUCCUGACCCACUGUUCACCCACAAAAUGACAGACUGCAGGCUGGCUUUGCACUCUGCCCUGCAAGGGCCCAGCCAGGAGAAAUCUUGCCUGGUCUGCACUUCUUCUGCCCCACAGGGGCCAGCUGAGGUUGGAGCUGGCACCGGGGAGAGCCUCUGCAGCAGGCUCCUGGUGGGAAGAGUGUGGUGAGGGCUCACGUGAGGCAGUAACCGUGUGGGCUUGUGCAAUGUGCUAGCCUGACCUGGGCUUCUCUCAGCUCUGAGCUGUGCUUGCAGAGCUGUGCCAGGCACGCCAGUGGGGCUUGUGGUUGGCAAAGUCGCAAGCUGGUGGUGUCUAGAAGGCAAAUGACUGUACGAGGUGUGGGCUCUGUCUGGGCUCUGGCCUGCUUCCUGUGAGAAUGGCUGCCUGUCCUGGACAGAGCCACUGAAAUGUUGCUCAGGGACUGUGGGGUUUAAAGGGGUAAAAGACUUGCCACAAGCGAGAUGUGGAUCCUGAAUGUUUCCUGCUGUGGUGGCUCUCUGUGUGCUGUUGGGUGCCUCUCUGGCUGUCGCUCACCAUCCUGCAGCCAGGACUGGGGCGCUGGCAGCCUUUGUCCAUCAGUUGUGGGUGCUGUUUUGCGGACAUGCUGCAAGCUGAGGGACGGGCCCUGACAGCAGCAGCGGCGGCACCACCGUGUGUUGUGUGUUGUGUUGUGCAUUGAUCAGCGAGUGCCACAUCCACAAACACUGUUGUGCUCUCCUGGGGGAAGCUGGCAGUGCCAACAGUAAAUAAACCCAGCUAAAACCAC